AUGGCUCUUUCCCCGGGAGGGAUCCCAUGCCACCUGCAAGACAGCAUCACCGCCUUGCUGGGGUCAAAGGAAAUCAUCCUGGUGAAGCCUGUCCAGCUGCAGGUCAAAUCCAAGUAUGAAGACGACAUCUUGGUUUUAACCCCCUGGAGGGCGUAUGUGCUGCAGGUGCUGCUCCCGGGCAGGGUGUGGAGCAGCUUCAGCUUCCUGGAGGUGAGAGAGAUCACGAUCCAGGAGCCCAGCCUGGUUGUCAUAGAUACAGAUACAGCCUCUUACGCCUUCCGGCUCGUGUCACUGGACGACUUGGAGCAGGUGGUCAGCCAUAUCAUCAUGUCGCUUAAGAAGGUCUUUCCAGACUCUUUCCCCGGAAAACUGCUCAAAAACUAUCCCCCCAGUUUGUUCGAGAGAAUUCAAAGAAUAACAGACUCCCUGAAGGAAAUGCUGCAGAAUAACCAAGGACCGUGUGGUGGGUUUUCAGAGACAUAUGCUGCUUUAUGUGACUACAACGGCUUCACCUUCAGAGAGGAGAUCCAGUGGGAUGUGGACAAUAUCUACCACAGCCAAGACUGCCGAGAGUUCAACCUGUUGGACUUCGCUCACCUAGAGAGCAGAGACGUAGCCCUUAGCAUCACGGCGCUGUCGUUUAACCUGUGGUUCACAAAGCUGUACUGUAAGGACUUCAGGCUGAAUCUGGAGAUUUCUGAACAGCUUCUGUACAUGCUCAGCAAAUCGGUGAAACUGGAGGAGCUGGUGCUGGAAAACAGCGGGUUAAAAUUUGAAUUUGCCCAGAGGAUGGCCCAGGCAUUAAGAGGAAACCCGGACUCGGCUCUAAGCACCAUCAGCCUGGCUGGCAACCAGCUGGAGGACAAAGGGAUAACUGCAUUCAGCCAGCACAUCAAGAAACGCACCAAGGGCCUGCGCAGCCUGAACUUCUCUAGGACCUCGCUGACUGCCAAAGGAGCGAGCACUUUAUGCCAGUCCCUUGCAUCUAAUGGAAUCUUCAGCACCUCACUUCAGCACCUGGAUCUCUCGGGGAAUCCUGGCGUCCUUGCCACGGACGAUGCCAGCGUACGUAUAAAUAGCUCCCGGCAGAGCUUGCACAGCUUCCUCAGCCAUGCAAACUCGGUGUCUCACCUUAACCUGGCCGGCACAGACUGUGCUUUGGAUGCACUGUUCGGAGCAUUGGCCAUCGGAUGCUGUGCCAACCUCGCCCACCUGGAUCUCUCCAAAAACGUGUACUCGCACAAAAAGCCGAGAGAUGUCCCUCCGGCCAUCAAACUGUUCUUCAGCAAGGCGGCUGCCCUCCGAUACGUCGGCCUGGCGUGUACCAAGCUGCCGCCAGAGGCCGUAAGGGCCUUGCUGCAGGGGUUAGCGUCUAACUCUCAGAUCAGUGACCUGCACCUGGACCUCAGUAGCUGCGAGUUGAGAUCGGCAGGUGCCCAGGUGAUCCAAGAUCUGAUUUUUGAUGCCAAUGCAAUUAGCAGUUUGGAUUUAGCAGACAAUGGCUUUGAUGCUGACAUGGUCACGUUGGUGCUGGCGAUUGGCCGAAGCAAAUCCAUUAGGCAUGUCUCCUUAGGAAAGAAUUUUAACAUCAAAUCCAAGGAGAAUCUGGCCGACGUUCUCCACCGGAUUGUUCAGCUCACGCAGGAAGAUGACUGCCCUCUUCAAUCCCUGUCCGUGGCUGAAUCGCGACUGAAAUUGGGAACCAACGUCCUCCUGAACGCCCUGGGCAGUAACACCAGCCUCAGCACGCUGGACAUCAGCGGGAACACCAUUGGCGACACUGGAGCCAAGAUGCUGGCCAAAGCCUUGCAGAUCAACACAAAACUCAGGACAGUAAUUUGGGACAGAAACAACACCACGGCCCAUGGAUUCCUUGAUGUUGCCCGUGCUUUGGAAAGGAAUUACACCCUGCGGUCCAUGCCAUUGCCAAUGAGCGACGUGACUCAGGCUUAUCGGAGCAAUCCGGAGAAGACGGAGGAGGCUGUCCAUAAGGUGCAGGCUUUCCUGGCGAGGAAUCAGAUGCGGCGGACGCUGCCUAAGCAAACGUUCCGGCUGCAGCAGGGAAUCGUCACCAGCUCCUCGGAACAGAUGGUGAAUGAGAUGUGCACCAGUCUACAGAAGCAUGUUGACGCCCUGAGUGCCCGUCUGGGCCGAGAGGUGGAAGCCGGUGUCCUCUGUGCAGAAGAAGCCAUUCGGGAAGCAAACCUGUCCAUCAGCCUUUUGCCGCUCCUAUACGAGACGGGGAACGCCCCCUACCAGAACUGCCAGCUGCUGCACAAGCUGGAAUGCCUCACUGAAGCAGCCUCACAGGCCUGCAGCCGGGAGAUCCAGGCUAUUAUGCAGGCCGUGCUGGAUACCACCCAGAAUCUGUGUCCUACAAUUCUGCAGAAGAGUGGCGUUCGGGACCGGCUGGUCCACACGAUCUCUGAGCGAAUCAUCCUUCAGGAUCACCUCCACCUGAGCGCCGUCUUGGACCAGCUGGUCACCGAUGUGUUCAGCAAGCUAACCGAAAUCAGGCUGUCUGUCAUUGCGGCCGUGGCCGACGGGCUGAUUGACGAGGUGCUGGAGGACCUGACAAGUGCUCAGUGCAGGCUGGCAGAAAAUCUCCCCAAGCAAACUCCGGAUCUUCAUGUGCUACAGCCAGACAAUCCUGAGGAGGACGAUUUUCUGCUAAAGAAGAGCAGGAAUCUGCUGGAUGUCGCGGAGCAAAGCUUUGCAGCUGAGGAGUAUAAGAUGGCUCUGAGGAGGAAAAACAAGCACUUCAGGAGCAUCCGGCCCACGCCUGCCAUGAGAAGUAAGGCCGAUACAGAGACAUUUUCUGCUUACAACCCUGUCUUGCUACAUUGCCCGGCCCCUGAACCAGACACAGGCUGCUUCUCCAUUGAAGAGCUUUUUGGUGACUUGCAGCAUCUGGAUCUAAUCCUGCUCCAAUAG